AUGAACAGCCUGUUCCGCGCAAGCAGGGAUCUCCUGCGGGCAUCGGCCACCCGUGGCUAUGCCUCUGCCUCCUUUCCCGAUCGCAAGGUCGCCGUGCUCGGCGCCGCUGGUGGUAUCGGGCAGCCUCUGUCCCUCCUCCUCAAGCUGAACCCCUACGUGACAGAGCUGGCGCUGUACGAUAUUGCGGGCACGCCCGGCGUGGCGGCCGACAUCUCGCACAUCAACUCCAAGGGCCGCGUGAAGGGGUACGCAGGCGAGGAUCAGCUGGGGGAGGCGCUGAAGGGCGCGGACGUGAUCGUCAUCCCCGCCGGCGUGCCGCGCAAGCCCGGCAUGACCCGCGACGACCUGUUCAAGAUCAACGCCGGCAUCGUUCGUGCUUUGGUGCUGAAGGCCGCGGGCGUGUACGACAAGCGCAAGGUGCUGGGCGUGACCACGCUGGACGUGGUCCGCGCCAAGACCUUCUACGCCGAGAAGGCGGGCGUCGACGUGGGCAAGGUGGACGUGCCCGUGGUGGGCGGGCACGCGGGCAUCACCAUCCUCCCCCUCUUCUCCCAGACUGUGCCCACGCCCAACGUGGACCUGUCCCCCGCCGACAUCGACGCGCUGACCAAGCGCACGCAGGAGGGCGGCACCGAGGUGGUCCAGGCCAAGGCGGGGAAGGGCUCCGCGACGCUGUCCAUGGCUUACGCUGGCGCGCUCAUGGCCGAUGCAUGCCUGCGCGGCCUUAACGGCGACUCCGAUGUCGUGGAGUGUGCGUAUGUGGAGUCCACUGUCACCGACCUGCCCUUCUUUGCGUCCAAGGUCCGCCUGGGCCGCGCCGGCGUGGAGGAGGUUUAUGGUCUGGGCGAGCUCAACGACUAUGAGCGCGCGGGGCUGAAGUCCCUGGUGCCGGAGCUCCAGGCCUCCAUCGACAAGGGCGUGAAGUUCAUGCAGGAGGCGUGA